GCUGGAGACGGCCGGAACGGCUGCCGAGUAGGACACAACGCUUGGGAGGUAGGAUCCGUUGACAGCGAUGGCCAGAGCCAGAGCCAGGACUGCGAUGAUGAACUUCAUGGUGAAGACGGUUGGUUUACAAUGCUUCUGAUUGUGUUGAAGUGAGAACGUUUUGCUAACUUAUGCCUCUGAAGAAUAUCAGCGAUUUUAUAUAGUUGUGGUGCUUUGUUAAUCAUGUCCAUAGUCACGUAGGAGAAUUUUUAAACCAAGUUUCAAGCUGUUCACAGCUAUAAUUUGAAAAAGGAAAUGUUUAUGCUUGAGUAACUUUUCAAAAGUAAACUCAAUUUGACACGGUGGUAUCUAAUGUUAUACGAAGCGUGACGGUGCACUACCAAUUCCAGAAAUCUAAUUUGUUCAACUAUUUCGGAAGGUUCCUUUCACUAGCUCAUCCAACAAUAUAUAAAGUUAGGAAUUAACUCGUUAAAUCAUCAGUAAGCAAAACGUUCUCACUUCAACACAAUCAGAAGCAUUGUAAACCAACCGUCUUCACCAUGAAGUUCAUCGUCGCAGUCCUGGCUCUGGCUUUGGCCGUCGCUGUCAACGGAUCCUACCUCCCAAGCGUUGUGUCCUACUCGGCAGCCGUUCCGGCCGUCUCCAGCUCGGUUUGGCCAGCCUACGGAGGUCUGUACGGAAAGUCCGCCGUGCUGGGAGGUUAUGCCGGCUACCCGGGGAUCUACGGAAGCUGGCCAGUGUACGGAAAGUCCUGGGGAUACCAGGCGGCGCCGGUUGUGACCAAGGUCAUCGAUAACGGUGCGUGGAACUAUGGCGGCUAUGGAUACAACAAGUACUGGCUGUAAACUGGACUGGAUUGCAAUAUGGAACCAAUGAUAUUUGAAAAUUAAAGGUUGUAAAAAUUUUGCUACAUGAAA